CUAGUUGUGAUUUAUAUAAAGAUGAAUUUACCGGACGGCAAGCAGUUAGUACGUGAAAGUUCCGGUAAACUUGAAGAGCCACUUUGUAGUAACCGAAAAAUGGGUUUGCACGCGAAACUAGCGUGGAUUGCAUUGUUUUUUUGUCUGGGUUUGAUUGCUUUGGCCCACUGCAUACCGGUUGAAGUCAUCUAUACCGAUGAAGGCUGUGACUGCCCAUCGAAAUUGGACUUUUCCGUGAAUGUGCCGAGAGUUGCGAAACCGAAGAAAUGUCAUACGCCCUACGAAUACGGUUAUAAAGUGGAAGUACCGCGUCAAACAAAGGCGAAAGUUUCGUACAGUAUUGAUUUCUCGGUCGAAGAACCACGCCCACCGAAACCUACUAAGCCAUCCAAAUUGAAUUUAUACGCCACGGUUGAUCGUGUGGCGAUCAAUAAGGGCGAUUGUGAAGAUAGCUAUGCCGCGUCAUCUGCGCCGUCCACCUGCCGUUGUGGACAAUGCGGCAUCUCCCAGCCGUCCUAUAGGUACGUAUUUAAUGAUAUGGCCACUCCAUCACUACCCUGCAAAUGUCGGCGACCGAACUGCAAAUGCAAUCUAUGUCGCGCGCAAUCAACUUCAUUCUCGCCAAAUGCGAUUUUUAUGGGUAAACCAUUUAGUGAUUUGAUGUCAGCGCCAAUGCCCUUAGCAAAUGGCGGUGGUGAAGGUGAUGAUGGGUACGUCAAUAACGGCGGUGGCGGUGCGGAGGUUGGCGCUGUUAAUAUACGACGUAAACGCGAUUUACAUCGCACACUCUUCGGAUCACGCAAGGCUACCAAGGAGCGGCCGAGUCGUUUUGUAAAAUUAUAUCACAAGAAUUUGUCCGAAACACCACGACGUUUAUUCGACUUUGAGGAACGGAGCAAUAGACAACAGCGCCGUCAACAGCAAAGCACACAGAAGAAACCGAAACGUAAGGCGAAGAAGCCACGAUACACACAUCAACAACGCUCACGUCUUGUGAAGCGUGACAUCAAGGGUGAGUACGAACUGCUAGAAAAGGAACGCGAGCAGAUGGAUCUGACAUUGCCUGAAAUCAUACAAUUUAUGCCCGAAACAUUGCAGCCCGAUUUUAAGAGGGGUCAAUGUUACUUCGGUUGCGGUACACAACACUCCCAACAGACCAAGUCAACUGAAAAUAACCCCAACACUAACACCAAGACAGACAACAAUCCAAACAGCUCCACGGAAUACAGCAUGCUAAGUCAUGAAAUCAACACAGACCACCCGGACGUUACUAUUACAUAUACCGACACCAAUACCAGCAAAGGAGACACCACCGGCAUGAAUAUGGACAUGGAUGCGAACGGAGAAACAGAUGCGGAAAGUACACGCCUGAAGCAGAGUGAGAAGGCGACCAUGGUUGAAGAAAGCCUUCUCAAAGAAACCAAUGACUCUACAGCAGAAAAUUCCAUCAGCUCUUCAUACAAAAAACGCAAUGCAGCUAACUAUUACAGCGGUAGGUCAACGUCAACGCCUGAGUCAGCUUACCCCGAAUGUGAAAUGUGCUUGUCCGCAUUACAAAAGAAAAGAGCUUAUCGCGCACAUUCGCCAACAACGCAACCGAUUUCCACUAACCCAAAUUAUAAGCCGCCACAACAGUCAUACCCAAAAACUGUCAAUUCAGCAGCGCCACAACAUUCCAAACCGACGUACAAAUUACCAACAACAGCGCAACGUUACAUUUACGAUUAUUUGGGUCGUAAUUACUUAGAAAAUAAUGGCGAAUUGCAUGGAAAGACCACGAUAAUAUCGGUGCCAGAUCCACUGGACCACAAUGCUACACCACUGCGCUAUGCUGGCGAUUUGGAAGCACCACCACAGACCUACUCCGGUCAACCAUAUGGUGCGCCGCCUUCUACCCACGCAAAAAACUAUCCAGUGCAACAUAUUACUGACCAACAGUUAGAUAAGAUAAUCACCGACAUCAUAUAUAGUCAUCCAGAAUUUAUCGACGCUACAAAACACUAUGGUGGCGCGUUAGUAGAUCCGGAGCCAUGGCAAGAGCAAGAAACAAUAUCAUUUUUUAAGAAGCUUAUCGAUGGCCGUCUGAGCCUGUGGUUUGACCAAGAAGAUACGUCCAAUCCACAGCAACAUAGUACAAGCUACAACAGUAAUGUGCAUAACUACGCUAUACCGCAGCUGCACGACCUCCUGCCGCCGCUGUUGUACUAGAACAUAUUCUUAUCAAUUUGGUUUAACAAAUUUUUCGAAAACUUCUCAAAAAGAAUCUGUAAUUUCUAAACUAUAGCCGACUUUGUAAAAAUGUAUA